AUGGACUUCCCCGAGUUUAAGAGGAGAAACAAGAAGAAAAAGAGAUGCAGAGCAACAGAAGGCUUCAGCAGGCGAUUUGAAGAUGUUUACAGAGUCCAGGAUGAGGUUUUGGGAGAAGGAGCGUACGCCAUCGUGCAGACGUGUGUCAGUCGGAGUACAAGGCGAGAGUAUGCAGUGAAGAUUAUCGAGAAGAGGCCAGGACUGAGCCGAAGUCGUGUUUUUAGAGAAGUGGAGAUUCUCUAUCAAUGCCAAGGCCACAGAAACAUUCUGGAGCUGGUGGAGUUUUUUGAAGAAGACGACAGGUUCUACUUGGUGUUUGAGAAGCUCAGAGGAGGUUCAGUGUUGACUCAUAUCCACAGAAGGCAGCGUUUUAGUGAACAGGAAGUCAGUGCUGUGGUGCAGGACAUCGCCAGUGCUUUACACUUCCUGCACAGUAAAGGAAUGGCGCAUAGAGACCUAAAGCCAGAGAAUAUCCUCUGUGAGCACAGUGACCGGAUGUGUCCAGUGAAGAUCUGUGAUUUUGACCUGGGCAGUGGGAUGAAGCUGAGCAGCGACUGUAACCUGAUCUCCAGUCCACAGCUCCUCACUCCGUGUGGCUCGGCGGAGUACAUGGCCCCUGAGGUGGUGGAGGCAUUUAACGAGGAGGUCGGCGUGUAUGAUAAACGUUGUGAUCUCUGGAGUCUUGGCGUCGUCCUCUACAUCCUGCUCAGUGGAUCUCCUCCGUUCACGGGUCACUGCGGGACCGGGUGUGGCUGGGAUCAGGGGGAGCCAUGCCACGACUGCCAGAGCAUGCUGUUCGAGAGCAUUCAGGAAGGAAAGUAUGAGUUUCCUGAGAAGGACUGGGCUCACGUCUCUUCCGAGGCCAAAGAUCUCGUUUCCAAACUGUUAGUGCGCGAUGCUAAACAGCGGCUCAGCGCGGACCAGGUCCUGCAACACCCAUGGGUACAGGGGGUACGACUAUUCCACCAUGACUCUAUCAUUUACUUCAAGUAUAUGCUGUGGAGCUGGAAACUUUGCCCACUGCCCAGCGUAUUAGCUUAUUUGUCAGGUUGAAGAUGCCAUCGGUAUGCUAAUUUCAAAGCAGUCUCGCUUUCUAGCUACUGAGAUUUAUCUGGAGCCUAGAAGUCAUCAAAGAUGGCUGUAAUGGUUAGCUUUUAUUAAACACAGUAAAAUGGCAGCUAGAUGCAAUUAGUCUGUGUUUAACAUUACAGUAGCUUGUUAUCUAGCUAGCUACAGAUUCAAAUGCUUUGUGUUAAUUGGCAGUUAAAUAG